AUGUCUGCCUACACCAUGUCCAACGUCAUGUCCAACGCUAUGUCCAACAAGUUCUCGAAUGCUGAGACCGACAGCGAAGGACACAAUUCAACCCCUCUUCCACACGGCUGGCGCCUGCCCCAGCCUAACGAUUCCUCUUAUGUCGAUGCCAUAAGCGGCCCGCUGAUUGUGCAAUCAACUCUGGCUCCGUUCCUGGAUGCCAUAUCCGCGCUCACACCCAGAUCCGACUACCUAUCUACCGGCGCUCCAAGGCUGGUCCCGAUAUGGGUGAGGUGCUGUGGAUGCGGCAAUUUGGUCAAUCCUAAUCUAGCGCCGGAGGGGAAAUGUCCGAUCUGCGCGCAUUGUGCGUGCAGAUCCUGUGGCAGUGAGAAUGUUCCCUAG